CCGCCACCUCCCCCUUUUUGAGGAGACAAGAUUUAAAAAAUUUUUUAUAUAAACUACUCCCGAGGAGAAACGAAUUAGCAGCUGAGUUGAAUUCUGAAGGGAGCGAUGGAGAGCGAGGUGGAUUCAGGCGGGAAACGCCAAGUGGGAUAUGCUCUGGGGAAUGAGCGCCUCACAGCGGAGGAGAUGGAUGAACGCAGACGACAGAACAUUGCCUACGAGUACCUCUGUCACUUGGAGGAGGCGAAACGGUGGAUGGAGGCCUGCUUGGACGAGGAGCUGCCGCCAACUACCGACCUGGAGGAGAGCCUGCGGAACGGGGUGAUCCUGGCUCAACUGGGCCAUCGUUUUGCGCCUGACAUUGUCCCACAGAGGAAAAUCUAUGACCGAGAGCUGUUGAGGUACAAGGCGACCGGACUAAAUUUCAGACACACGGACAAUAUCAACCAUUGGCUGAACGCGAUGGCCAAGAUCGCCCUCCCAUCGAUAUUUUACCCAGAAACCACAGAUAUCUACGACAAGAAGAACAUCCCCCGUGUCGUUUAUUGCAUUCAUGCUUUCAGCCUCUACUUGUUCAAACUGGGUCUAGCUCCGCAGAUACAGGACCUGUACGGCAAGGUGAAUUUUACAGAGGAAGAGAUAAAUAACAUGAAAACCGAGCUGGAGAAAUAUGGGAUCCAGAUGCCUUCGUUUAGUAAGAUUGGUGGAAUCCUGGCCAAUGAGCUCUCGGUCGACGAGGCAGCAGUGCAUGCUGCGGUGAUCGCCAUUAACGAAGCUAUCGAGCGAGGGCUUGCAGAGCAGACCAUGCUGGCCCUGCACAAUCCAAAUGCCAUGCUGGUGAACCUCGUCAGCAGCCUUGCUCUGGUCUACCAGGAGGUGCUGUACCAAGCCAAGAGUGAGAAAGCCGCCAGUGCCCGGAACCGAGCGGAUGUGUGCAAGCCAGAGCCCUCCGAGGGGAAGGACGUGUACGAGGAACUCUUGACUCAAGUUGAAAUUCAGGGCAACAUUAAUAAAGUCAAUGUGCACGCUGCCCUGGAGUACGUCGACGAGGCGUUGGAGAAGAGAGACUCGCAGGCUCUGUACUCCGCUUUGCAGAACGAGGCUUUAGGCCUGCGUGAGGUUAACCGGGAGAACACAGAUUGGUAUAUGGAGCAGCUCAUCGUUGACCGAGAGCAGAAAUCCCUGGAGCUGGGGAUGAUGGACCCGCUCGAGAAGGAGGAACUGCAGGCUGCCGUUGAUGCAGCCAAUGAAAGCGCCAACGUACAUCUGUGCAUGAUGCAGGCUGUCUCACGGAUCAACGAGGCCGUGCGCAUGGGGGUCCCCAGCGUGACGGUGAAGGAACUGAUGCACUCCAGCGCCAAGCUUCCGGACGCCUACCCGUUUGCAGCUGGGCUUUACCAGAGGGAGCUCGCUGCCCUGCAGCAGCAGAAACCACAGGGUGAGCUGACCCAAGAGGAGCUGUACAUUGCUGUGGAGAUGCUCUCGGCUGUGGCACUGAUAGACCGAGCCCUGGAAGCUGGGGAUUACAGCGCCUUCUGGAAGAACCUGAUCAGUGCGGCUACAGGCCUGACUGAUGUGCAGGAUUGCUGUGCACAGCGGUACUUCGCCGAGCUGACGAGACUGAAGCAACAGGCCCACAGGAGCGGGGAGGCCAUGCUGUCCUGGAACCAUCUGCAGAUGGGUGUGCACGACGUGAACUCUGCUGUGGAAAAGGAGCAUGACAAAAUCGUUGCGAUUGGUUUGAUAAACGAAGCACUGGACCGCAACGACCCUGAGAGAACAGUAGCGGCUCUCCUCCUGCCCUCCGCCGAACUAGCCGACUUGGACUUCCCGGCUGCGAAGCGUUACCACGAUGUGCUGGCAGCGGCAAAGCGGCACAAAGCUAAGGUCACGCGGGACGAGGCAGCAGUUCUCUGGUUAGAGGAGAUUCAGGAUGGGAUUUACAAAUCCAACCAGGACGGUCAGAUUGCCAGGAAAAUGUCCCUGGGGAUAGCGGCCAUCAACCAGGCAAUCAAGGAGGGGAUAGCGUCCCAAACGCUGCGCGUCCUGCGCUCGCCGGGGGUGGUUCUGUGCGGUGUCAUUCCGGAAUGUGCCCCCGACUACCAGUCUGAGCUGGCCGCGUUGGUGCGAGUUAAAGUGGAGACCGGAGACAACCGGAGCAUUUGGGUGAAACACAAACUGAAGGACGGGUCAGUGUACUACUUCAACCUGGAGACACUAGAGGGAAGCUGGGAGCGCCCCAGAGGGUUUGUGCAGAGCUCCACGCAGCUCAGCAAGGACGAGAUCCAGGGCACUGUUACUGGAGUGACGGCCGUUUACAAUCGCGAGAGACUCUGGAAGACUAACGAGGGCAUGGUCACAAGGCUUCAGGCCCACAUGAGGGGUUAUCUUGUCCGAAUGGAUCUGUGUGCUCGCAAACACUUCCUCCAGAAACAGCUGCCUGCCAUCGUUAAGAUCCAGACACACUGGAGAGGUUACAGACAGCGGAGAGAUUACCAGAAGAGGCUAUAUCACUUUCGAGACAACACAGAUGCUAUAAUUAAGAUUCAGUCCUGGGUGAGAAUGUGGCAGGCACGGAGGAGAUACAGGGCCAGACUGCGGCACUUCAAGAACAACACUGCUGCAGUGGUAAAGAUCCAGGCAUUUGUCAGAGCAAACAAGGCCAGAGGAGACUAUAAGCUGUUGGUCCAUGCCGAGAACCCUCCGCUGAGUGUGGUGCGAAAGUUUGCUCACCUCUUGGACCGCAGCGACCAUGACUUCCGUGAGGAGUGGGAUCUGAUGCAACUACGCGAGGAAGUGGUGCAGCACAUCCGUUCCAGUCAACACCUGGAGCAGGACCUCAACGUCAUGGACAUCAAGAUAGGGCUGCUGGUGAAGAACAGGAUCACCCUGCAGGAAGUGGUUUCCCACUGCAAGAAGCUAACCAAGAAGAACAAGGGACAGCUGUCGGACUUGAUGGUGAUCGACAAGCAGAAGGGGCUAAAGGCUCUCAGCAGAGAGAAGCGGGAGAAACUCGAGGCGUAUCAACAUCUCUUCUACCUCCUGCAGACAAAGCCCGUCUACCUGGCGAAACUGAUUUUCCAGAUGCCCCAGAACAGGUCGACCAAGUUUAUGGACUCUGUGAUAUUUUCCCUCUACAACUACGCAGCCAACCCGAGAGAGGGCUACCUGCUCCUCCGCCUGUUCAUCACUGCUCUCCAAGAGGAGAUUAAAUCAAAGGUUGACCAAGUCCGUGACAUCAUCACUGGCAACCCCACCGUGACCAAGCUGGUGGUGAGCUUUUAUCGGAACGUCCGCGGGCAGAAUGCCCUGCGCGAGAUCCUGGGGCCCGUCAUCAAGGAGAUCCUGCAGGAAAAGUCUCUGAGCAUCAAAACCGACCCCGUCGACAUCUACAAGAGCUGGAUAAACCAGAUGGAGACUCAAACCGGGCAGAGGAGUAACCUGCCGUAUGAAGUGACUCCAGAGCAAGCCCUGACCCACCAUGAGGUUCAGCGGAGACUCGACAUAUCCAUUCGUAAUCUGCGGGCUGCCACCGACAAAUUCCUGAAUGCCAUCGUGUGCUCUGUGGACAAGAUACCGUAUGGGAUGAGAUACGCUGCCAAAGCUUUGAAAAGCUCGCUGCGUGGGAAGUUCCCUGACGCCACGGAGGAUGAAUUGUUCAAGGUUGUCGGGAACCUGCUGUACUAUCGCUACAUGAACCCGGCGGUCGUGGCUCCGGAUGGCUUCGAUAUCAUUGACGUUACAGCAGGAGGCGGGCUGCCCACGGACCACCGCCGCAACCUGGGCUCCAUCGCCAAGCUGCUGCAGCACGCCGCUGCCAGCAAGGCGUUUGAAGGGGAAACUGGUCAGCUCCGCGCCAUGAAUGACUACCUGUUCCAGUCCCAGCAGAGAUUCAGGGAAUUUUUCCGCUCGGCCUGCAACGUUCCUGAACCUGAGGAAUGGUUUAACGUGGAUGAGUAUUCGGAAAUGGUCAGCCUCAACAAGCCAGUCAUCUAUAUAACCGUCGGUGAGCUGAUUAACACUCACAGGUUGCUGCUCCAGCACCAGGAUUCCCUUACUUCCGAACACACUGACCCUCUUCAUGAACUGCUGAAGGAUCUGGGCGACGUACCCACAGUCGAAUCACUCCUAGGUGAAGGUUCUGUCAAUGCAAACGACCCCCAUGCUGACCAAGCCAUGACCCAGCUCAACAAGAUGGAGGUUUCACUGACGCUCACCAACAAAUUUGACAUUUAUAAGAAAGGUGAUGGGGCGAAUGAUGCCAGAGGUUUGCUGCUCAGCACCAAGCAGCUAAUCGUAGACGUAAUCAGGUCGCAAACUGGAGACUCGUUAGCUGAAAUAUUACAGACGUCGGCCUCAAAGGAUCAGGUGGCAGACCACCACCGCCUCGUUCAGAAGCGAGCGCUGCGUGACGCGCGCACUCCGGAGAAGCUGAAGCGAAACCAGACCCUGGUCCUCGACAACAACCUGUCGAUCGAGGAGAAGAAGAGGAAGAUCGUCCGAAGCCUCAGGAAGCUGGAAGCUGUCGGCCUCGUCUGCGCGGCCAACGAUUACCAACAGUUGGUCAAUGAGCUAGCCAGGGACAUCCAGAAUCACCGGCGUUACAGGCAGCAGCGCAAGGCCGAGCUGACCAAGCUGAAAGAGACGCUGCACAGGAUGAACUCCAAGACGGCCUUUUACGAGGAGCAGAUUGACUACUACAACCAGUACAUCAAGACCUGCCUGGACAGCCUGGCAACCAGGGGACAGGGCCCCGGGAAGAAGCCAGCAGAGGGGAAGGGGAGGAGUGGCAAAGCCCCGUCCCUGAACUACACCGCCGCUCGACUGCAAGAGAAGGGGGUGCUGCUGGACAUCGAGGAUCUGCCCGUCAGCCAAUUUAGGAAUGUGAUUUUUGACAUCGUGCAGAGGGAGGAAGCGGGAACCUUUGACGUGAAGGCCAGGUUCAUGGGUGUGGACAUGGAGAAGUUCCAGCUCCAGUACCAGGAUCUACUCCAGUUGCAGUACGAAGGAGUGGCUGUGAUGAAAAUGUUCGACAAAGCCAAGGUCAACGUCAAUCUCCUGAUCUUCCUGCUCAACAAAAAGUUCUUCAAGAAAUGACAGAGGAAGGAUCCCUCUCUCUCUCUCUCUCUCUCUCUCUCUCUCGCUCUGUGUCCCUCCCCCAUGGCCGUAGUGGAAUGCUGCUUUCUCCUUGCAAGUAUGAAACUUGUGCUUCUGCUGUGCAGACACAAUCAGCCACCGACACUGAGGUAGUAGAGUAGAGUACCUGCGGCACGUGUGCCAGUGCAUUUAUUUAUAUACGUUUUAUGCUGCGAAUCAACCCUGAGACUGGAUUACUUAGGAAUCUAACUCCUCGCUGACACUUAAUUUCCCUUAAAUUUCCCCCUAAUCGGACUCUUUUACAGAAGAUUGUGUGUUGGAUCUGGUCAUUCAGUGCCCACUGCCCUUGCAGGUGCACGGCGUGAAAUUACCCAGGGACAUCUCCGUGAGGCCCCGGGUCUCGGGUUGGCAAGGGCUCCGACAGAGGGCGCCUGCGCAGGACCAGGGACUCCCUGUCCCCACCACCCCAGGGGAGGGCCUCCCAGUCUGCACUCCGGGGCUUCUCCUGGGGUCUUGUCUAAACUGGGCUUGUGGGGGUGGGUGGGUUUGCAGAGUGAAAGGUGGCUCCCAGACCCCCUGAGCUACGGUAAUCCAGCCCAGGCAGCUCUGUUCCAUUUGCACUAGUUUCUCGUUUGCUGGGUUUUAAACUGUUUGCGGACAAAUCCUAGCCAGAACGCCCCCCGGAGCUGUUGAUAGCGGCGGCCUGUGGUCAACGCAGGGCUUAGAACUUUAGCUGUCGUCUUGAUACUCCAUGGUACCUGCCUCUGUGUGGCCAGAAUUCGGAGAGUUUCCUCUCCCCACCCCCCACCCCUCCACCCAGCCCACUGCUGCUCUCCUGGAAACACUACAGCGCGAUCUUCCUUUGCCACGUGUAAUCAAACCUCAGUGAGCCUGGGUGUGACACCCCAGGGCAGCUGUCCCCAGACUCUCUCACCAGCAGUCCUCAGUUUUA